AGUGUAGAAUACUACAUUUAAAUAACACUAAUGUGAAUCAAAGUUUGGCAGCAAUAUGUUCAGAAAAAGAAUAGGCUUCAAACCCACACUUCCCAACCUUAAAACCCUCAAACAAAUCCAUGCUUUGAUGAUCAUCAACGGUUUCAACAACAACGUUAACUUCCUCGGAGAUCUCGUCUUAACAAUCUCAACCUCACUUGUGGGUCCCACUGCAACUCCAACCGUCACAAACUAUGCACACCAACUGUUUGCUCAAAUUCCCCAACCAGACACAUUUAUGUAUAAUGUCAUGAUUCGAGGUUCAUCUCAGAGCCCUAAUCCUUUACGAGCUAUUUCGUUGUAUACGGAAAUGCAUCGACAUUUUGUUAAGGGUGAUAGCUACACUUUUCCGUUUGUUCUUAAGGCGUGUACUAGGCUUUUUUGGGUUAACACUGGUUCGGCGGUUCAUGGAAUGGUUUUGAGACUUGGGUUUGGUUCAAAUGCGGUUGUGAGGAAUACCCUUUUGGUUUUUCAUGCUAAAUGUGGUGACUUGAACGUUGCAACUUCACUUUUUGAUGAUUCCUGUAAGGGUGAUGUGGUUGCUUGGUCUUCACUCAUUGCUGGUUACGCGAGACGUGGGGAUUUGAAAGUUGCGCGGAAACUGUUUAAUGAAAUGCCUGAGAGAGAUUUGGUUUCGUGGAAUGUGAUGAUUACUGGGUAUGUUAAGCAAGGGGAAAUGGAGAGUGCAAGGAUGCUUUUUGACGAGGCCCCAGUUAAGGAUGUUGUUAGUUGGAACGCGAUGAUUGCGGGUUAUGUUGUUUGUGGAUUGAGCAAACAGGCGUUGGAGUUGUUUAAUGAGAUGUGUAGAGCCGGGGUUUUCCCAGAUGAGGUGACGCUGUUGAGUUUGUUGUCUGCUUGUGCUGAUUUAGGGGAUUUAGAAAAUGGGAAAAAAGUACAUGCUAAGGUCAUGGAGAUUAGUAUGGGAAAGUUGAGUACAUUGUUAGGGAAUGCUCUUAUUGAUAUGUAUGCCAAAUGUGGUAACAUUAAAGAAUCACUUGAUGUGUUUUGGUCGAUAACAGAUAAAGAUGUGAUCUCGUGGAACUCGGUCAUUGUUGGGAUGGCAUUACAUGGACAUGGUAAGGAAUCGCUUAGUCUUUUUAAGAUGAUGCAGAGGACUAAGAUUUGUCCAAAUGAAAUCACAUUUGUUGGUGUUUUGGUAGCUUGUAGUCAUGCGGGGGAAAUUGACGAGGGUUAUAAAUAUUUUGAUCUUAUGAGUAGUGAGUAUAAGAUUGAGCCAAACAUUAGGCAUUGUGGGUGUAUGGUAGACAUGCUAGGACGCGCCGGACUUUUAAAAGAAGCGGCUAAAUUCAUCGAUUCUAUGAAAAUUGAACCUAAUGCAAUUAUUUGGAGGACUCUGCUUGCAGCUUGUAAGGUUCAUGGAGAUGUGGAGUUGGCAAAAGUGGCUAAUGAGAAGCUGUUUAGUAUGAGAAAAGACCACAGUGGUGACUAUGUUCUAAUGUCAAACUUAUAUGCUUCGCGAGGUGAGUGGGAUGGGGCUGAGAAGGUAAGGAAGUUAAUGGAUGAUAGCGGUGUGACGAAAAUUCGCGGCUCUAGCUUUGUUGAAGCGUGUAACUGAUGAAUAUCGGUUGCUGUUGCAUUGCAACCAUGUUUUUUUAAUUGUGGUUGUAGUGGCAAUUACAAUGUCACAAUUUUGAAGUUGCAGAAAAAUCACAAACAUUGCAAAUAAUUACAUACAGAUAAUUCUGAUGUAAUUGCAGCCACAUUGUAACAUCAGAGAUCUCUGUAACCUUGAUAUUGUAGUGUAGUUUCAAUUGUGAUUUUUUGAAUUGUGAUUUAAAACAUUAGCCAAAACUAUAGUGUGUAGAUGGUAGCCAAUUGCAGUCAAUAUUGCCUAACUGCAUUCAUAUAGCUAGAAACUCAAAUUGGAGAACUGUUUUUAACUGUCCUUACUGAAUUCAUUAAAGUGUUCCACAAGAUAAAA